GGCGUUUGCGUCACUCGCUCCGUCCUCUGAGCCUGGGUUGUCUCCAUGGGUGGGGGGAUGGGAAGAGUGUGUCUCUGGGACAGGGAGCGAAUGAGAGGCAGGUUGGCCGGCCAGGAGGAGUAAGGACUGAGCGGACACCGAACUGCAGGCAAGGGAGGCUGCUUGCUGGUGCUCGGAUCUAUGGAAAGUUAAUCUUUAAACCCGCGAGCGAACGGAAGAGAGAGACGGUGUGGGUGAAAUAUUUCCAAGGUGGCGACAGACAAGGUUGCAGAGAAAUUGAGUUCUACUCUCUCAUGGGUGAAGAGCACAGUGUCUCACACUGUCAGUCAAAUGGCUAGCCAGGUGGCAAGCCCAUCCGCUUCACUGCACACUACAUCUUCUUCAACAACACUGUCUACACCAGCACUUUCACCAGGAUCACCAACCACGCUCAGUCCUGAUGACUUGGAGCUCCUAGCUAAGCUAGAAGAACAGAACAGGCUUUUGGAGACUGAUAGCAAGUCUUUGAAAUCUGUAAAUGGAUCUCGCCGAAAUAGUGGAUCUUCAUUGGUAUCUAGUUCUUCUGCUUCAAGUAAUCUAAGCCACCUGGAAGAAGAUUCCUGGAUCCUCUGGGGAAGAAUUGUGAACGAGUGGGAUGAUGUACGGAAAAAGAAAGAGAAGCAGAUGAGGGAACUUGUUCGAAAGGGGAUUCCUCAUCAUUUUCGAGCUAUCGUGUGGCAGCUACUAUGCAAUGCUCAAAAUAUGCCUAUUAAAGACCAGUAUUCAGAGUUAUUGAAGAUGACCUCGCCAUGUGAAAAACUUAUAAGAAGAGACAUUGCUAGAACGUAUCCAGAGCAUGAUUUUUUCAAAGAGAAAGACAGCCUGGGACAGGAGGUUCUAUUUAAUGUUAUGAAGGCCUAUUCGCUAGUAGAUCGUGAAGUUGGUUAUUGUCAAGGGAGUGCUUUUAUAGUUGGACUACUACUUAUGCAGAUGCCAGAGGAGGAAGCAUUUUGUGUUUUUGUCAAGUUAAUGCAAGACUACCGUCUCAGAGAACUUUUCAAACCGAGUAUGGCCGAGCUAGGUCUUUGUAUGUAUCAAUUUGAGUGGAUGAUACAGGAACAACUGCCAGAACUCUCUGUGCACUUUCAGUCCCAGAGUUUCCACACCUCCAUGUACUCAUCUUCCUGGUUCCUUACUAUCUUUCUGACUACAUUUCCACUACCCGUUGCUACAAGAUUAUUUGACAUUUUCAUGUCAGAGGGUCUUGAGAUUGUUUUUCGUGUUGGAAUAGCAAUAUUACAGGCCAAUCAGGCAGAACUGAUGCAGCUUGAUAUGGAGGGAAUGUUGCAGCAUUUUCAAAAGGUCAUUCCACAUCAGUUUGACAGUGCACCUGACAAGUUAAUUCAAGCAGCUUAUCAAACUAAGUACAAUGCAAAGAAGAUGAAAAAGUUGGAAAAGGAAUACACUACAAUAAAAAAUAAGGAGAUGGAAGAGCAAGUAGAAAUUAAGAGGUUACGCACAGAAAAUCGAUUGCUGAAACAACGUAUUGAAACUUUGGAAAAGGAAAGUGCUUCUUUGGCAGAUAGAUUGAUCCAGGGACAAGUGACAAGGGCACAAGAGGCAGAGGAAAACUACCUCAUUAAACGGGAGCUGGCCACCUUUAAACAGCAGAGUGAUGAGGCUAGUGCUAAGCUGGAGAAAGCUCAGGAUGCCAUCAGGGACCUCCAAGAGCAACGGCAUAAAUGCAACCCGCGUUACAGUGAAGAUUUUGUUCUACAAUUGGAGACAGAGCUAGUACAGGCAAGAUUAAGAGAAGCAGAAUCUCAAUGUGCCCUUAAAGAGAUGCAGGACAAAAUCUUGGAUAUUGAAAAGAGAAACAGUUCCUUGCCUGAUGAGAGUAACGUGGCCAGGUUGCAAGAGGAGCUUAUAGGGGUUAAACUGAGAGAAGCAGAAGCAUUGAUGGGCCUGAAAGAACUUCGGCAACAAGUUAAAGAUUUGGAGGAUCACUGGCAGCGUCAUUUGGCUCGAACAACUGGCAGGUGGAAAGACUCCCCACGGAAGAAUGCUGUAAGUGAGCUGCAAGAUGAACUGAUGACAGUGCGCCUUAGAGGAGCUGAAACACAGGCUGAACUGAAAGAAGUUAAACAAAGGAUGCUGGAACUUGAAACACAGAACCAAAUCAGCAGUAACCAGCUAUGUCGAGCAGAGAAGGAGUGCAGUAGCCUUCGUGAGAAGGUGCAGUAUCUCACGGCUCAGAAUAAAGGACUACUCACUCAAUUAAAUGAAGCUAAAAGGAAAAUAGCUGAGAUGGACUGCAAGAAUAAAGAAGAUGUGAUGGUGAUGAGACUUCGAGAAGCAGAUAGCAUAGCAGCCGUGGUUGAACUACAACAGAAAAUUGCUGACCUGGAGAUACAGUUUCUAGAUCUGAAAUUACCUGGGAGGCCUGGGGUUAGAGGAGGGCAAACUCAAACUUUCAGUUGCCCAUUGAUGCUGCCUUUGACUCCAUCUGUUAUCGCAAGAUCAGGCCUGCUUGCAUGUUCCAGUCAAGUGUCAGGUGCAACUGGGACACCCUGUCAGCUUUGGGAGAAAGAAGAGGGUAAAGUUAAAGGCCAACUUAACAACUCAGACUCCACCCAAUAUAUUCGAGAACUGAAGGAUCAGAUAGAUGAACUGAAAAAUGAGAUCAUGUGCCUAAAAGGACAGAGGGUCUUCUCCGGCCCACACACUUUUGAUAGGAUCCAUAUUGUGAACCACAUAGCAGAUGAUGAUUCAUUCCACUCCUCUGAUGAAGAUCUAAUUACCGAUUCCAUGAGGGUUCGUGAUCUCCGGGGGGUUCCUCACCAUUUUCGCCACCUCAGUAGAAAUGCACAAACGGAAACUAAUGAUAAGGACAGUGAGGACAGUACUGACAGUGAUAACGAGGAUGGAACUAUAGGCUCUGGUCUCUAUAACCAGAUUAGUAACCAAAAUGUCUGCACAGUGAGUCCAAAACAGGUAGAAUCUUUCUCCACCACCGUGUGACCAUCACUGUGAACACAUGAGGCUUUCUGGUUCAUAUCAAAGACCAGGUGGGCUCCAAUCAUUCAGACUUGAAUGCAGCUUUCAGUCUGGCCUGCUGAUUAAACUAAAGGACUAAAGUGAGGAAUUAUAUAGGCAUCUGCCAUUGAAAUGGUGGAGAUGAUGUACUGAAUUUCAUAAUGGAUUUUUUUUGGGGGUGGGUGGUCAUUUUACCUGUUCUUUUGUCUGCCUUAACCUUUGCCAAACCUUUUCAUUAUAAUUGUUGUUGCCACAUGCUAGUAUGGGAAAGAGUGUGUGAAACAGACAGGAGAUAAGAUGUUGACAGUAUUAUAUACAGUAUCUCCUUUCUUAAAACUUGAAAUGCACACUUUCUAAUUUAUUUAGAAUGGGAGAGUUUGUUUUUUUUUCCUUUUGCUUGGUAGUUCAGUCAGUGGAGUUGAAAACCCUUGGGACAUUGGUUGCUUAUAAAAAGAUGCAUCAUCUUGUGCAAUAUUGUAUUUUAUGCUAAUGAGAACAAAUUUUACUUGUUUAUGACAGAAAUGUACCAUGAUGGUCUUAACGGAGGAUUAAUUAAAUGCGUUAGUGCCUUCAAGGCACAUUUUGGUCAGUAAUAUGUCAGCAGAUGGUUUUAAUUGGGCAUCACAGUACAAAGAAUAUGUGCAAUUGGAACAUUUUUUUAAAAAGAAAACAGCUCAUGACUUAGGAUCCCAGCACAAAAACUUGUAUCUUAAAGAAAGAUACUUUUAUAAGUAUAAAAUAAAAUCAAAUACUAAGAUUUCUGUUUGUAGAUCUUUACAUGAUUUUCCCCUUUUAAUUUGUGUUUUCAUUUGAGGUGUUUGAUAACAAAUAGUAAUGUACCUGUGGUAUGUGUUACAGCAAUAUCUACUUUUGUGUUACUUUGUUCUGAUGGAGAAAUGUAGUUAAGCUUUAAUAUAAAUACCUUUUAAAUGUUAACUGGGAAUGCAUUGCAUUUCUUUCAUUGCAACAACUGGCCACCUGAAAAAGAAAUUGGAAAGUUCAACAUGGUCAUGUGCUGGUUACCCUAACAAAUACCGUUCAAGGAAUUGUAAAAACACUAUACAGAAACUCUGUUACACAGAGUUGAAGGCAUCUCCUCAGAAAAUAUCCUUGGUAAAUGUGCGUUAGCUCUGCUUGGCAGUUGUUAACACGAGCUUUUUCACUUCACUAAUAAGAAUGCUUGUAUAAACACUCAGUGUUUCUCUUUUAACUUUAAAUUAUAACAAGAUCACAAAUAAACUUUUCAUGAUUUUAAAGGGAUAA